UUUUUUUUUUUUUUUCAAUUAUCAAUGGUCGAGUUAGUUUCUGUACAUUCUUAAUUAAUUUCAUAAGAUAUCUAUCCGUUCAUAGCAGUAAUAAGUAGUACUAAAUAAUUCAUCCGCCAAAACUAUGAUAAACGAGAAAAAAAUAUUAAAUAUUUUUGUCUUCGCUUAUGUUAGUUAGGGAUCUGAAUUAGAUAUAACAAAAACAAGAAAGGAUAAACACAAGAAAGGAUAAAUUCUGCUGUUUCCUUACUGCCUGCCUACUGAACUGAGAUCAGCUGAUCUGUUUUUACGUGAAGCAGAAUUUUGUUCUUAAAGGACAAAGAGGAAAAUUCUUCUGAUCCACUUUUAGCCCGGUCUGUGAGCUGUUCAUCGUGAUUACUACUGGAUGUUUGCUUCACAGCUUUUGAGAAUUCUUCAGACUCUACCAGCUGAUGCGAAACAUGAAAGCCGAUAAUCAUCCUCUGUUUAGUGAUUCAACACUAGUCUCUGUGCAUGAUUCUAAAACAUUUGAAUGCAACGACAGCGUCUUUGACACAGCUGAAGAGAAGCCUACCAUGAAGGGAAAUCAGAACGGGAUAUUAAGUCUUUCAAAUGGUUACAAGGAGGAAGAGUGUUUAGGUUUUCCCGCAAAUGACUUCGGAAAUACAAAUGUCCAUGACAAUAGGGAAGACCCUUUGGCAUGCGACGGAAAAGAUGGGAAUGAAUUCUGGAAAGUUCCUGAACUUGGUGACUCUAUAUUCUUUGAUAACAACAAUGAAAUUAAGGCCGUGAGGGAUGAUCGUAACGUGGAGUCCAAGAUAAUCGGUGAAAACAGAAGUGGAAAUCCUUUUGCCUGUGAUAUUCCCUCAAGUGAAACAAAUGAAAUUGUUGCUGCAAGUGUGACGGAUGAUCAAAACGGAGGCUUGUCAAGUAUCAUCCAUACCAAGAGAGGUGGUAAUCCAUUCGAAUGUGAUACAAAAGAUAGAGAUCAGCCAUGGAAUAUUCCCGAAUAUGAGUGCUCCAUGAUCGUUGAUUUCCUUGAUGACCAAGAAAAUGAAAAUGUGGGCUCUGAUUCACCUUUUACCUCUCACUCAGAGUUGUUUGCGAAUAACACACAGUUGUAUUCUGAUAAAGGUUUCAACGAUCACGAGCUGUCUGAAUUGACAGUUUGCUAUAGAGAGAACAACUUAAACAUGGUUAAAGAUAUACGCAUGGAUGAGGGUGUACCUGCAGUAGAUAAAGUUCUAAUUGAAAGCUCGAAGGAUGAUCAACCUAGCACGUUUGUUUCUGUCGAUGCUGAUGAAGAACAUCAGAGCAACACAAGGAAAAGUGUCGAUAUGGGGUCGACCCCUGCAUCUAUAUCACAAGAUUCAUCUUUUGAAGAUGUCAAGAACAUUGCUGUGACUCAUGAUACAGAAAAAGAAGCUACUGGGGUACUUGUUUCAAAUGGUUUCAAGCCUUCCAUAGAGAAUAAUACCAACAAAGAUGCGGAUAGAGAUUCUUAUCUAGAGGAUUUGAUGAUGAUUUUUGGUCCAAAAUGUACUACAAACGGGAAAGCUAUUAACGCAUCAGAAAAACCAUCAUCUCCUAAUACCGUGGUUCGUGUGGAAGAGUCCAAUAUAAAGAAAUCUGAUGGUGAUCAAUCUAUACUGCAACCUGAUCAGGUGCCCAUUGAACAAACUUUGAAAAGCCAAACUGCAGUUUCUGCAGCCGAUGAGACAAGAAACAAGGGUCCUCCAUCUUCCAACUUAACUAGUAUUUUCGACUUCAACCUUACCAAGCCAGAACCAACAAAAAGCGUGGAGGGAGGAGUUGGAAACUUGCCUGAAGGUUCUCACACGUCAAGGGUCAUGUCCGUUCACAAGGAUGGGAAUUCAGAUGAUCAUUCUGCUGCUAGUCAAGUUCAUUUUCCUAAUAAUGCACACCAACAGUCUGUUGAAUCCCAAAAUGUGGCUAAUGGCCAAGGUCAUUUUGCUGACGGAGAGACAAGUUUUUCUGCAGCAGGUGGUCCUGUAUCUGGUUCUAUUACUUACUCAGGACCUAUAUCGUACUCGGGGAGCAUAUCUCUUCGAUCCGAGAGCAGCACAACCAGUGCUAGAUCCUUUGCCUUCCCAGUCUUACAAAAUGAAUGGAACAGCAGUCCAGUAAGAAUGGCAAAGGCGGAUCGGAGGCGUUUACAUAAACACAAGGGUUGGAGGCAGGGCCUUCUGUGCUGUAGAUUCUAAGAUCUUAUGUUUCUUCUAUUUACUAUAAGGUUCUUAGUUAAAGAAUAUAAUACAUAACCAGACAUUAAAUCUUGAAACUUUUUGAGUAUUGUAAGUAUGCAUACAUGUUGAUAUUCUCUUAGGGGUUGGCAUUGCUAUUCUUGGGAAGGUUUUACACUGCUUUGAGUUUGUUUUAGAGGAAGUUAUACAUUUUUAUCCGCUAGUCGAUAUACAUAUAUCGUGUGUGUAUUAUAUAUCUACCGGCUAUUACUUUGGACGGGCGACUAUUUAUGUCAAUUUUCCUUUGUUUUGUUAAAGAAAAUUUCAUUUUUGUUCUCCUUA